GCCCCCGGCCCUGUCCCGGUGCCGGUCCCGGGCGCUCCGAGCGGCCGCUGCCGGCGGGAGCUCCGGAGCCGGCCGGGGCUGUCGGCAGCGGCCUCCGGUUCGGCACCCGCGGGGCUGGGCUCCAGCGAAGGGACUGCGGGAUGUGCCACAAGACCACGGGAAAAGCGGCUCGGGAAACUUUCCUGCCAGGAGCAGCUAAGUGUCCAGGAGCUGCGUGCUGUGGCUGGUGAAAGUUGUUUCCUUUCCCACUGGCUCUAGGUCUUUGGGAGCUUGGGGAAGGUGAAGGACACGACGGCGAGCCGAGGGCUGUAGUGAUGGCACGGCAGGAACACGGCUGCAGCCGCUUCUCUUUAUUCCUGUCGAAGGAGGGUGGUGUUUCGCCAGUUCAUUUUGGGCGUUCACACCUAUGAAGUUUGAUAAUGAAUCCCAUGUGUGUCUCCAAAAGACCAUGUAAUAAAGGCCCAUUUAUUCGUAAAUAUGGAGAGCAAUUGUAAGUAUGAAUCUGUUUUCUUGGAGGUUUUGACGACUACUAUCCUUGUAGGCUUUUCGGAUGUCUUGCCAGAAGAGCUGCGUCUGGAGUAUUACAACUGCAGAGCACAGAAUAUCAUUGGGAAUUACGUAAGAAUUUUAAAAAUGCUGACUGUUGUGGACACCAUGAGAUAGGACUUGUUAUUGUUCUUCAGUUUCCUAACUCUUGACUUACUUAGUUCCCAACUCCAGGAGAUUAUCAGAAUGCCAUAAUAUCCUUCAAUUCUGGUACAGCAAACAGAAUGCUGAAACAGCUGCUGGUCUGUAUGCUCUGCCAUAACAUCCUCUUUCUGCCUGAGAUCCCUGGCUCAAAUUGUCCUACCUGAUCUUACUCUUCAUAUAAAAUCAAAGAAGUUGAUUUAGGAGCAAUGGGAGGAGCACUUAGAGGAAUUCUCUGUUAAUUACAAAAAUCUUGUUUUCUUGCUUUGAAGUUUCAGGGAAGCCAAAAUGCUGUCUUCUUGGCUUAAUGAAGUUAUUUUUUAAUUUUGGAUACCUUUCUUAGUUCAGUUGUCAGGUCACUCUUCUUUUGUAUUGAAGUCUUCGGUAAUAAUGAUAUGCUUUUCUUUUCCCACUUUUUAGAUAAAUGCUGUUAGUUGUACAAUGGAAAAAUCGUCUGCUUCAGCUGAAAGCUUUAAAUGCAUCUACAAAAGCAGCUUUGCUCUCUGCUUUCAAGAACACGAGCUCUCAACCAUCUCCUGCCUUUGGACUGGGAGGACAGCAGACAUCAAGCUUUGGGCUCUCAAGCUUUCCUGUGAGCAGCAGCAGCAGUACCAGUGCCAGCAGUUUCUCCUUUAAAGCCAGUUCCAGCCUUAUCGGUUCCUCAUCAUCUGCAGCCAGCCCUGCUGCCGAGGUCUCUUCUGCUGCCGGUAGCGCUCCUGCGUUUGGGGUGACGUCCUCUCCCAGCGCGCCCCAACCUGUUGGGUUUGGCAGCCCGGCAGCUCCGUCUGCAGCCUCCUUCUCCUUCAAAACAGCUGCACCAGCUGGUGGCUUUGGGACUUCUGGGUUCUCGGGCUUUGGCGGUGCCGCCGCUGUGAACUCCUCCGGCACCACCGCUCCGCUCCCGGCCUUCGGAGCCUUCAACGCAGCCACGGCCACUUCUGCCUCGCCUUCCAGCGGUGCUUUGCUUGGACAGACUUGCCAGCGCCUCUGGCCGUCCCCGUCACCUCAGCGCCCUGCUGCAGGUCACCAUACACCACUCUGA